AUGCCGCCCUUUAAGGAUGAGCAUGUGCUCAUUAUUGCUCCGGGCUCGUACAUCACCUCGGCGCAACUAGGUCUGCCCGAGUCGUUCACUCCUCCCCGCUACCGAUUUCCCAGUCGCAUGUUCCCAGGCGCAAAUCCUGGAGAAUGGGAACCUACUAAAAUUCGGUCAAAAAUCACAUCCAAGAGGAAAGAAGCUCCACAAGAACCACAAGCUACCCAGAAUGGAGAGACGAAAGUCGAAUCUACCGCGGAGCCGGCGCAAGGCCUACCGCCCACGAUUGAGCAGCCUGUCGCAUCGUCAAUAGAAGUUGAUCAGAUACAAACUAAGAGCGAUGAGAUAUCUAGUCAAACAGCCACAGAGAAAGCUGAACUUCAAGAGGGUGAAAGCGACGCUGUUCUUCCCGUCGAGUCAUCAAAACCUGAACAGACUUCUGAAGCCGUGCCUUUGGCCGACGUGGAAAUGGCAGAAGCUCCAGCCGAGGCGAAAGACCCAGUACCCGAGGCUCCAAAACCAGACACUGACAUGGCUGAUGCACCAACCCAGGAAGAAGCAAAACAGGAAACCGCUUCCGCGCAAGAAGCAAUAGAAGCUGCAAAGUCCGAACCAGAUACGGAGAUGAAAGAGGCAGCGCAAGAGGUGGAGGAAGAGGUAAUCGAGCACGAAGACGACCCCUAUGCUACAGAAGGUGCCGUCUAUCCAAUCGUCGAAGGUCGCAUUGAGAACUGGCCUUGCUUCUUCGCACUCCUCUCGCAUGUCUACAACAUGGUCUCCCCCCCGUUCCACAGCCCGGUAUUAUUCGUCUCACAACCUUGCUGGUCCGCAAGGGAUAACGAGAUGAUCACUCAGUUCGUUUUUGAGAACUGGAAAAUCCCUGCCUUUUGUCUAAUGGACGCCGCUCUUACUGGGAUAUAUGCUUACGGUAUCCCGACCGGACUUGUCGUUGACAUUGGUUAUGAAAAGUGCGAUGUUACUGCAGUGACCGAAUUUCAGGUUAAUGAUAUUGGCCGGGGAGCAGGUCUUCGUGGUUGCGGUGGACAAACCAUGACCAAACGGUUACAACAAGUACUGGAGAAACAAGGCUUUACGGAAGAUAUGGCGGAACAGCUAAAAAAGAGCCCCAUUUGUGAGAUUCUUCCUGCAGGAGUAGCCUAUCCGACGGUGGCGCACAAUGGCUUCGCUCCUAACCCGGCCUCUGCAGCUUCUACGGGAGCUUUGGACUCGGGAUUGAAUGCCAAAGAUGAGGAGGGCUUAAGGCCUGGCCAAGCCCCUCGUGGUCCUGGCACCGGGACUGUGGUUGGUGAGGAGGCAGGUAAUGGCGACGAUGAUGAAAAUGAAGGUGUGCUUGAUGUCGCCGCGAUUGUGGCUCGCGAUAAUGCCGCGGAACUUCUUGCAAAACGCGAGAAGGAGAAGGCCGAGAAAGCCGCAGCGGCGAAGAAGGGGGCCGCUGCCGAAGCACCAAAACAGAUCCGUCUGAGAAAUUCGGAGAGGGAGCGUGCAACAUUCACCUAUGUCGAAUACCUGCCACCUGAUGAGUCCGAUGAUGCUGAGCGCGUUAGUCGGCGUAAAAAGCGAGAAGUCGAGGUCGGGGUGGAAAGGUUUAUGGCCGCCACGCCUCUAGCUGGAAAUGCUGAAGGGUUGAUCGACACAAUCGCAGAGGCAAUCCACCACGCCGCUCUGAGUGUCCCUGAUAUCGCCAUGCGGUCAGCACUGUGGGACAAUCUGAUUGUGGUCGGAAACGGUAGUCGCGUCAGAGGUUUCACAUCUAGUCUGGUCUCGAUACUCAACUCACGCUACGUCCUUUCCCCUUCUACUGCCACCAUCUUCACUUCGGAGUUACCGUCGAAUUUCACCACACCGGUAGCCACCCCAGGCACUAAUACACCAAUACCAGGACAAGUCGGCCAACAACUCCAUCACCCCGGUGGUGGCGUCAAUCCGCUACUGGUCGCAGCGACGAAGAACAUGAUGCAGCCUAAUCAGCAUCUGCAGGUUCAAGGACAAUUACCGCCAGGCCAGGAUCAAGGAAUGGGUUAUCAUCACCGCGGCUUCAGUCAAUCCCCUACGUCAGUCAAGACAGUCAAGAUGCCAGACUACUUUCCUGAAUGGAAGGAUCCUCAUGUCAGUGGAAUGGAAGAGGCGGCAUUUUUGGGUGCGCAGGUUGCUGCAAAGGUUGUUUUCAUAGUAGAUCAAGGAAACAGCAAGGGUUUCCUCACCAGAACCGAGUACAAUGAUCUUGGCCCAGCGGGGAUUCAUGAAUGUACUUUAUGA